GCCAUCUUCACUUCCGGUCAAUUUCUAACCAAAAUGAUCGCCAUCUUUUAAUAAAAGAGAUUUGAAUAGGCUACGAUUUUAAAUCCACCGACAUCUCUGUUGAGUUUCGGUAAAAGGAUACAUUUAGAAUGAGCCAAGGCCAAGGAGUACCGGGACCUACAGGAGUCCCAGCCCCCACUGGAGUCCCUUAUCUGGGAAGCAAAAUCAGUCUAAUAUCCAAAGCAGAGAUCCGAUAUGAAGGAACUCUAUAUACAAUCGACCCGGUAGAAGCAACAGUAGCUUUAGCAAAAGUUAGAUCUUUUGGAACAGAAGAUCGUCCUACAGAUAGACCUUUACCAGCUAGGAGUGAAAUUUUUGAAUACAUAAUAUUUCGUGGCCAUGACAUUAAAGAUCUGCAUGUUUGUGAGCCUCCAAAGCCACAGCCCACAGAAGGAGUUCCUCUUGACCCUGCUAUUGUUAAGUCAUCUCAACCCCCUCCUGGUCCUGCUGGGGCUGCCUUCCCUAGUGCAUCAACCAGCUUUCCGCCAGGACAGAUGUAUCAGCCUUUUGGUCAGCCUAUGUAUUUUAGUCAGGGGCAGCAUGCACCAGGGUUUAGCGUACCACAGUCGCAAACACAUCAUCCUGGCUCCACAAGAGACUCAUCACCUGGAGUAGACCAGUCUGGAGAGCAGAUGAAUAGAGGUGUACCUGCCAUUGGCACAAGAUCAUUUGCUGGGUCACAAAGCUCUACCCCUCCACUAAAUAGGAAGUCUCCAACAUCAGAUCAAGGUGUUCAAGUUCAACCAAGUAGUCCAGAAAAAACAUCAGAUGGCCAACAGCAAUACAAUAAAAACCAACACCAUCCCCCACAGCAAUAUCGUGGUCAAGGUUUAAGACGUGGUGGUGGUGGAAGUAGUGGAAAUGGUAGCGCAGGAGUUCAUCGAAUGGAAAAUAAUCGAGAGCGUAUGGAAAACAAUCGUGAUCGGGGGGAAGUUGGACAGUCAGGUUCUUAUUCCAGGGGUAGAAGCAAUAAUAGAGGUGCCCUUUCAGGUCAGAUGAGAGGUGGCCCACCUCGGGGUGGUCCCCGAGGAGCUCCUAGGGGUCAAGGUCAGCGUGGGGGCCGGUCUUCUGAACCCUUGAAAUUUGAUACAGACUUUGACUUUGAGACCUCAAAUGCUCAAUUUGCUAAAGAUGAUAUUGAAAAGGAGUUGAAAAAUCUUUCAUUAAGUGACAAAUCUGUAAAUGGUGACAAAGGAGAGGAAGAGCCAGAAAUUGAAGAUGAUGAAGGAGAAGAAGAAGAAGAGGAACCAGUGUAUUAUGACCAAAAGAAAUCCUUCUUCGACAAUAUCAGCUGUGAAGCAACUGAGAGGAAUAAGGGGCAAAGACACUCAUGGAGAGAAGAGAGAAAAUUGAAUAGUGAAACAUUUGGUAUUUCUGAAAACUUUCGUCGUAAUUAUAGAGGUCGUCAUAACUGGAGAGGAGGAAAUAUGAGAGGGGGGUGGAGAGGUGGCCGUGGACGAGGUGGUGGGGGUAGUUCCUACAGUAAUAGAGAUGGUGGAUAUUAUGGAGGUAACAAUAGAGGAAGUGGAGGGAGAGGUAGAAGGAAUUGGGACUACGAUGACAGACGGCGAAAUGAUGGUCCUCAAAGGGUUGAAGUCAAAUCUUAGCCGACUUAAAAUAAUUUAUAGGUGUGAACAGUAUCUGCACAACACAUGAAUAUUAGAUGGUUUUGACAAGCUGUUAAAUUCAGAGAUAUUAGUGUUGAUAGUUGACAGUUCUCUGGCUUAAUUUAAGCUCUGCUGACAACUUUGAAUGAUUUAAGGCAGCAAUUGAAAUGUAUUUAUCAAUAUCACUGGUUGUCAAGUAGUUUGCACUACUAAGCUGGAGACCAUCUUGUGCUGCAAUGAUGGAAUUGUUGUGUAUAAAGGACUGAAUGCUAAUGUAUACUUUUGUUACAUGGUCUUUUUUUUUUCUAAAUUGACAAUGAUUUUAUGUACAAAAUAUUUAAGGUCUAAUUGAACCAGUUGCCUGAAGCAGCCUUAGUUCUAGUAAGUGCAACUGGUUCAUGUAUAUUUAAACAAACGCAAAAUUGUGUUCAUUUCGUUUAAAUAUUUGCUUCCUGCUGGGUUUUUCAUGAUAAAAAAGGAGCAUAUUUUAGUUGGCUCUACAUUUUGUUAUAUAAUUCAAAUUGUUUCUUUUAUUAUUCUUUUUAAAGAAGAUAAAUAUACACUUUCUGAAUGUUUAUGGUGAUCCUAUUUAGUAACAAGCAAAAAAUUAAGGCACCAUCCACUAUGUCCCAUAACUAUUGUAUUUAACUUUAAUGAAAAAUUUUGAACUACUGAUAUUUUGGGCUAAUAUUCACUCAAUUAGUACAUGAAUUAUUUUUUUUAGCAAAACCAUUAGUAAACGGGAUUUUUUAAAAAGAAAAUAGAUGUAUUUAAGUUUAAGUGUUUGCAAUGGUCCUGAUGGCUUUUGUGUGUUAUUAGCAUGUUAUAUACGAGGCAUAACAAAAGAAAGACUUACUGCUGUAACCCUAAACUGGUUUGGAAAGCUAUGCUAGUAUUAUUUGUAGAUAAGGUCCAAUUAAUUUCUUGUUUUAAGCAAGGAAUAUGAUAGGAAUGUGCAGUUUAUUUAAAUGUUAUUUUGAGUUUAAAAUUUGGAUUGCGAUGGCAGAGGUAUACCAUUUAUUUAUGAUUUAAGAUCAUGUAUUGCGGUUUGUGUGGUGCCAAUUUUUUUUAUUUUUUAGCAAAUUGAAAUUAAACUUUCUAUAACAUAAGCUUGCAUACAAUAAUUCUUACUUGUAGUUCAAUAUUAACAUACAUGAAGAAACACUAACGGCAAUGUGUUAUGAUAAAUGCACAAUUUUUAGGCAUCAUUCUCUUGUGAUAACUAUUUUUUAUACAACUCAUUUAGUUUUUUCUUUUCUUGUGGUCAUUUGACAAUCUUAAAGUUGGAAGUUAAUUCUCAAAAAUUCACAUACAUAAAAGUAUGUACAUAUCUUUAUCUUAUACAAGAGUGAAAAUGUUAAAGCAUUUAGAAAUAUUGGUUACUAUGCAAGAAUUUCAACCCUAAAGGGCUGCAAGUCAUAUUUUAGUACCGUGAACCUGUAAUACAAAUGCUAUUGGUAGUCUACCAUCAUCUAAAUUAGAAACAAUGGGCUCCAUAUAAAAAUUAUUUGCUCUUAGUAUAACUCUGGUAAUUGUUCAUUGAUUCUAGUAGAAGUAAUAAACAUGCAAUGGAAUUUUUAAAAUAAAAUCUGGUUGAAAAUGUCAAAAAGUUUAAAUUAUAGUAGGUAGUAAUAGGAAUUUGAUCGAUUUUAUGCAUGGUUUAUCAGUGUUAGCUUUAACCCAACCCAUAACAAUUGAUAGAUAAUCCUACUGAUGAAAUGUCUAUUAUUAAACUUAUGGGUAGACAAUUUUUAUUGAGUUCCAGAUGAUGUAAAACAACCUACUUCCAAAACUCUUGUAAUAGGUUUCCCCCACACCUAAUAACAUUAGGGUUUGAGUUACUGCAACACAUAUCCCUUCAGAAUAAAUGAAUGGUUGUUGUUCAUAUAAAAAUGGUUUUAUUUUGUUGUUUUAUUGUUUUUGUCAUUUCCUGAAAAAAAAUAAGUAACUUAGUUUAUUAGCUGAUUUAGUAAGGGCUAUAGUAGAUGUUUUGUGAUAAUAGCUAGUUUGGUAUGAGAGCCGCUAGUGACCCAUAUUUCUUACAGCUGUUGUAUUUGCAACAUGAACAAAGCAAAUAUUCAGUUACUAGAUACCUGCAGGUGUGUGCAGGUCAUGAUCAAACCUUGUCAAAUAAACUUUAUAUUGUUGAUUUUCA